GAGAGUGAGUCAGAAAAACAGACAGAGAGAGACAGGCAGUUAGGUAGACAAGCAGACAGACAUGGCCAGGCUGGACGUGACAGAGACCUUCCAUCACAUCUCAUUCCCUGGGCACAUUCACACCCAGGACUCCCUGAACUAUGCCCUCCACUUCCAGUUUCAGGACAGGGACACUGUCAUCGCCACCUACCCCAAAUCAGGGACUACCUGGAUGCAGGAGAUUGUCACUCUUGUGAAAAACAGAGGGGACCCACAACUCUCCAAAAUUGUGCCCAACUGGGCACGAGCCCCCUGGCUGGAACAGCAUUACAGUGCAAAGGUGCUGGAAGCCACCCAGGGGCACCGAAUCAUCACCACUCACCUGCCCUACAACCUGCUGGCUUCUGCACUUCAAGGCUCCAAAGCUAAGGUCAUCUAUGUCGCCAGAAACCCCAAAGAUGUUGCUGUGUCAUAUUACCACUUCCAUAAAAUGGCCAAGUUCCUCCCAGAACCCAAUUCCUUUGAUGAGUUUCUGGAUAGUUUUCUGGAGGGAUCAGUGAGUUAUGGGUCCUGGUUCGAUCAUGUGAAAGGCUGGACGAGUCAAGCAGGAGUCUUGGCAAAUGUUCUUUAUAUCUCUUAUGAGGAGAUGUGGCUGGACCUGCAAGGCUCGAUGGAGAGGAUCAGCUCUUUCCUGCAGUUCCCCCUGGUGGGCGAGGAGUUAACCAAUUCCCUGAGACACUGCAGCUUCAGCAGCAUGAGCGAUAACGCCAUGGUGAACUACACUCAGAUCCCAAAGGAGAUCAUGGACCACAGCAAAGGCAAAUUCAUGAGGAAAGGUAUAAUCGGUGACUGGAGAAACACUUUCACAGAGGAGCAGAUUGGUAUUUUCGACACCGUCUACAGCUACCAGAUGAAAGACUGUCCCUUGACCUUCAUGUGGGAGUGUCCUCCUGAGUCCUGUGGGAGAGGAGGAGGAGGACAGGCCUCUGGGGAUCAGGAUAGGGCCCUUACCCUCCACGACGCCGGAGAUUGAUGGAUACGCUUCAUACAAGUCCUGGAAUUCUCUCACUGAUGUUCUGUGUUUUUGUGAAUGUACAUAUAAUGUACACAACCCAAUAUAGUAAAACUAUAUAAUGAAAUUGAUAUGUUAAUAUAACAAAAAUAUUGUGUGUGACCUAUUUGUUCUUGUAGUUGGGUUUUUCCACCUCUAUAAAAAAUCUAAAUGUUACAGUUAA